AUGUUUAAGAGUUUAUUACGUGCCUAUCCCGAUGUUGAGACACGCACAAUUGACGAAGGUUGGGAAUUCCUUGUUCUGGCAUGUGAUGGUAUUUGGGAUGUUAUGACUAAUCAAGAAGUUAUUGAUUUUUGCCGGGCAAGAAUCGGUCAAGGCAUGCAUCCGGAAGAAAUUUGCGAAGAAUUAAUGAAUCAUUGUUUGGCACCCGAUUGCCAGAUGGGUGGUUUGGGCGGUGAUAACAUGACCGUGGUUUUAGUUUGCUUCCUUCACAACAAACCAUAUGCGGAACUUGUAGCGAGAUGUGCUUCGUCAUCAACGAACGUAUUUACGGCAAACAACACCACUAUGAACAACAUUACAACAGAUACCACAACAACGACGGCAACGGCUAUCAAAACAUCCCAACAAAACUCAACACCAUCAUCGCCGGAAGAUGAAGAAGAAGAAUUAGAUCUAAAAUAA